AUGAAUCCAUCCGACAUCUGGCCCUUGGAUCCUACUCAUUUCUUUAGGUUUGACAAAUGUGUCCGCAACCGAAGUUGCAGUAUCUACAAUCGAUUCGAGGAGCAGUGCCAGAUUCGUCCGUUUGCAGUCGCACUUUCAUUUGAAGGCACUUCACACACAUGGCGUGAAUUGGAGCUCGCCUCUAAUCGCAUGGCCCAUUGGUUUGUAUCAAAAGGUAUCCAAGCCGGUGACCGUGUCGCAAUGAUGAUGGGCAAUUCUCCUCUCUUUAUCAUCACCUGGCUAUCUUUGCUCAAGAUUGCAGCCGUUGCGUCAUUCAUCAAUACCCAACUCACCCAUGCAGCAUUGGUCCACAGUCUAAAAGUUUCGGAUGCCAAAAUCUUGGUAUUUGAUUUUGAAUACGCAUCAGCUCUUCAAGAGUGUUUUGAUGACAUCAAGGGUUUGAACUAUGACCUUUAUACAAUGACGCCAAAGCAACAAGUUCUGGGUCAGAUAUACAAUUAUUUAUCUCGAGAUACACGUCGCUCCUUCGAGAUCCCAUUCCAGUAUGAUUUUGUUGAAUGGGAGAACAUGAGCAGCGAGGGCUUCCAAAAGAGCAUCCGUGAGCAUAUAGAGAUGAGUGAUCCUGCAGCUCUCAUAUUUACUAGUGGAACAACUGGUCUCCCCAAGGCUGCUAUCAUGGAUCACGGAAGGGGCAAUAGUAUGCGAGUGGCAUGGCCAUAUUUUGCAAGCAUUACGCCCCAAAGCAAAGUAUACAUUCCUUUACCUCUCUAUCAUUCUGCCGGAUCAAUUAUCGGCGUGGGUCAGAGCUGGCAUUCUGGUUGCACUAUUGUUCUUGCUCGGAAGUUUUCUGCUUCCAACUUUUGGAAGGACUGUAUUGCAUACGAUGUCACACACUUUCAAUACAUUGGAGAGCUGUGUAGAUAUCUGCUUCAUGCUCCCGAGAGUCCUUUGGAUCGCAAACACAAAGUUAGGACAGCAUUUGGCAAUGGAUUGCGUCCGGAUAUUUGGGCAAAAGUACAGGAACGCUUUGGCAUUAAAACCAUCUUUGAAUAUUAUAGCAUGAGCGAAGGAACAACCGCACUAUUGAAUGUGGCCACAGAUAAAAGAUCUCAAGGUGCUAUUGGGUUCCGUGGACCUAUUCAAAGAAUUUUGGCACCGACUAUGAAAGUGGUUAAAGUCGAUACAGAUACCAAUGAGCUGAUUCGGGAUGAAAAGACUGGUUUCUGCAUUGAAUGUCGACUAAAUGAGCCUGGAGAACUGAUCACGCUUGCAGACAACAAGACGCACAGUACACGAUACCAAGGUUAUUUUAAUCAGCCAAAAAUGACUCAGGCAAAGCUGGUUCAUAAUGCUUUCGUGCAAGGAGAUGUGUACUUCCGGACAGGUGAUCUCGUUUACAGAAAUGAGGACCAAUAUUGGUUUUUUGUAGACCGUACUGGCGACACCUACCGCUGGAAAGGAGAAAAUGUUUCAACAGCUGAAGUUGCAGACACGUUGGGCCGAGUGGAGGGAGUGGUUUCGUGCGUGGUCUAUGGUGUCACAAUUCCUGGCCAAGAUGGGCGCGCUGGGAUGGCCACACUGGUUUUGAAGGACUCCAUUCUCCAACGCCCAACUGAGAAUGGAUCACGGGCUGUGGUCAAUGAACAAGCACUGAACAAUUUUCUCCAGAGGAUGAGCGAGUAUGUGGCAAAAAAUCUGCCAUCAUAUGCAGUUCCACGGUUUCUUCGUAUUUGCGAACAGGACCUUGAGAUAACUGGCACAUUCAAGAAUAAGAAAGAGGUCCUAAAAAAGGAAGGCUUCGAUUUGAACCUUGUCAAAGACCGCCUCUACUGGUGGACACCCCAGAGACGAUAUGAGCGUUUUGACCGUACAGAGAAUGAACAGAUCUACGUGGAGCAGGCACGGCUUUGA